AAGUUACGCGUUUACGCGUUACAUUAGUCGCGCGGAUGUAACUGGUGGCGAGGCUGACGUUCCUUUGUAGUAUUGAUGAGAGGACGGUGUGCUUUCUGUAGCUCUCAAAUCAUUAAAGAUCACCGAGAAAGGAAGCGUCUUCUCGCUCUUUGCGGAUUCGGAUGGAAACAGAUUGAGGCGCAUUGGACAUCAGACUGCGAGGAUGCUGAGGAUGACGCUGGCUUAGAUUGUUUAUCAUCUUCGUGAUCACAAUGUAUACGUGUUGCAUACAAAUGCGUUCUUGAUAAUCAUGUAAUACUUUUCCGUGGAAAUCGGCGUCGCACAUCUGGAUUAACUCCUCAGGAAGAUAUGAUUCACCUAGUCACUUUUAUGAGCCUCGUUCUGUCUCUGUUCGGAUGCCACAUCUGCUCUGCAGGGGCGAACCGCCCUGCUGCUCCUGUCAAUAUCUCUGUUACUCACCUGCGGCCGGAUUCGGCCACCGUGUCCUGGAAUAUUCCGGAGGGAGAGACCGUAAUUGGCUUUGCCAUCUCACAGCAGCGUCAGGACGGGUUGAUGCAGCGUUUCAUUCGUGAGGUGAACACGACCAGUCAAGCUUGUAUACUUUGGGAUCUGGAUGAAAACAUGGAUUAUAUUAUCCAGGUCCAGUCUGUGGGACUCUAUGGAGAGAGUCUGGCCAGCAAAAAGAUUCACUUCAGGACGCUUAAAAAGUCUGAACGUUUUCAAUCCUCCAUGAUGGAUCAGGAUGACCCUGCGGUUGAGGGUUUAGACAUUUCCAGACACCUGCAGACUGGAGAGAUACUGAUCAUUAUGACUGUACUACUAAUGUGGGCAGCUGUGAUCGUGCUCUUCUGUAAGCAGUACGAUAUCAUCAAAGACAACGACUCCAACAGCCACAGUAAAGAGAAGAGCAAGCCGCUGUCCGGCCAGAGCACCCCGGACUAUCAUCACGGAGGCCUGCUGGGCAGCAAGUUCCAAAGGACAUCAUCCUCUAUCAGCAUCAUCAAGGUUUAACCACAGCAUCACCGCGGAUCCUGGUCUGUCAGACCUGUCAGCAGAUAUCAGCUCAUCUUCUGAUAUUCAAGCGUUAAAGGCAAUAGUAACGUAAAGCUCUCAGCCACAUCGGGAAUUGUAAGGUAGUAUACGGGUAUUCAGUAGUACAGUAUACUCCAAUAAACAACAAUGCCCUGGACAAUGAACAUACUGUACUUCUUUGACUAAUACAUCAACUGUAUUAUUAACUGGAGGAGCUAUCGGUGCUAAGGAUAUGAUUGUGAAAACACCGGCAGCCGGAUGUUUGAUGAUGGUGUGUGUGUGUGUGUGUGUGUGUGUGUGUGAGAGAGAGAGAGAGAGAGAGAGAGAGAGAAUGUGUUGCAUUGAAAGAGGGCUAAUAAUUGUAAUAAUUACAAAUGUGGCAUUUCUCAUUAAUACGUGUAAAUCAUGACAAUAAAUUCAUCAUCAGCCACAGACGUGGCCUUAUAAUAUGCAUUAUUAACUUCUAACCGCAGUGAACAGUAGAUCAUUGGCUUCUUUUAUGUUUUUAUUAAGUAUUAACACUGUUAUUAAAUGUUUCACACCCUUGUAGAGUCGAUUGAGUGUUCAGCGGUGAGGUUUACAGCAGAUCCAGUGCAGGAGUGUCCGUGUUCAUAAGAAAUGGAUUUGUGUGUGCAUUUCUAAGCCAGACUAGUUAAAGUUUCUAUUUUGAGCUUGUAAAUUAAAGAGUUAGUAAAAGCAUAUGUCUACCCUGGUACUGUAAUGUGCAUAGUUCAGAUAAAAUACUCUAAUUGAGAAGUUUUGAUUAUGUUAUAUACAGUAUAUAGUAAAUCAGCUACACAUAGCUGUAGUUUUGGGCAAUAGAUAAAGAAUGUAGUUUAUAAACUAAAUUUCAUUGCAAAACUUAGAAGGGAAGUUUGUUAAUAUUUUUGUUCUCAAUUCUGCUUUCCAAUAAAUGGAAAAUAAAAAACCAUGA